GGCAGCUUAGCCUUGGUGUCUCGCGCUGUAUUCCCGCUUUUGUGAAGCCGCCGGGUGCGUGAGGGAGGCGCGCGGCGGGGAAGCUGCGCGCGACACCCGCCCAUCCCCUGCGCGCGCACACCCACACUCACAUAACCCAACUACUAAGGGGAGGGGAGUUUCAGACGUUAGGUCGCCGCCCGCUCUGGGGUCCCGGCUCGCUCCUCCCCGCGGGGAUGGGUUACCUGAAGCUGCUGCUGCUGGAGAACUUCAAGUCAUGGCGGGGGCGGCAGAGCAUCGGCCCCUUCAUGAGAUUCAACUGCAUUAUUGGGCCCAACGGAUCAGGAAAAUCAAACAUAAUGGAUGCCCUUAGUUUUGUAAUGGGUGAAAGCACAGCAAAUUUAAGAGUGAAAAGUGUUCGAGAACUUAUUCAUGGAGCACACAUUGGAAAGCCAUUUUCCUCUACUGCAAGUGUGAAAAUAGUGUACUGUGAAGAGAAUGGAGAAGAGAAAACAUUUUCAAGAAUUAUUCGAGGUAGUUGUUCUGAGUUUCUUUUCAAUGAUAAAGCUGUUAGCCGAUCGGUUUACACAGCAGAGCUUGAAAAAAUAGGCAUAAUUGUCAAAGCAAGGAACUGCAUGGUUUUUCAGGCAGAGCGUUACCAGAUGCUGCUUGAAGAGUUGAAAGAAAACAGGAUACAGCUGAAACUUUUCCGACUUUAUCACAAUGAGAAAAAAAUUGACUUCUUGAACAACAAAUUGGAUGAAAAGAACAUGGAUGUGAAUACCAAGAAAGACUCCCUUUCUUCUGCUGAAGACACAUUUAAAGCUAAGAAAAAAGUGCUUGGAAUAUUAAAUAGAGACCAACAACAAAUGGAAAAAGAAAUGAAAACCCUAGAAGCAUCACUGAAUCAGAAAAGGCCCCAAUAUAUUAAAGCAAAGGAGAACACUUCUCACCAAAUCAAGAAAGUAGAUAUGGCUAAGAAAUCCUUAAAAGAUAAUGAGAAACACCUUGCUAAACAAGAGCAAAACAUAAAAGAAUUGGACACUGAGCUGACUGAUGUUGAGAGAAGUUGGAGAGCAUUUGAAAAGAAGGUUGAAGAGGAGAUGUUACAGAGAAGAACAGAUGUUGAGCUGGAAGCAAGUCAACUGGAUCGGUAUAAAGAGCUGAAAGAACUAGCGCGAAAGAAAGUAGCUACAUUGACCCAGCAACUAGAAAAACUGCAGUGGGAGCAAAAAGCAGAUCUAGAAAGGAUGACAUUUGAUGAGAGGAAGCAAAAAGAAAUUGAGGAAAGUAUAAAGCAAGUUGUGGAACAGAUAGAAGACCACAAAAAACGAAUUGAGAAGUUGGAGGAGUAUACCAAGUCAUGCAUUGAAUUGUUAGCAGAGAAAAAACAACAGGAGAAAGUCCUAACUGAUGAAAUAGAGAAUUCAAGGGUACAGAUAGCUCAAGUAAAUGAAGAACUAAACAAAAUAAUUGGUGAGCUGCAGAAUGCUAGAAUUGACUACCAUGAAGGAAGACGCCAGCAAAUGAGAGCAGAGAUGCUGGAGAGUCUCAAAAGACUUUAUCCUGAUUCUGUGUUUGGAAGACUGCUUGACUUGUGUCAUCCUAUCCAUAAAAAAUAUCAGCUGGCUGUUACCAAAGUCUUCGGCAAGUACAUGAGUGCCAUCGUUGUGGCUACUGAAAAAAUAGCAAGGGAUUGCAUUCGAUUUCUAAAAGAGGAAAGAGCUGAGCCUGAAACAUUUCUUGCUUUAGAUUACCUUGAUAUUAAGCCCGUCAAUGAAAAAUUAAGGGAGAUAAAAGGAUCUAAAAUGAUGAUUGAUGUUGUACAGACUCCAUUUACACCCCUGAAAAAAGUGAUACAGUUUGUAUGUGGGAAUGGUCUGGUGUGUGAAACUGUUAAAGAAGCAAGACAGAUAGCAUUUGAUGGACCAGUGAGGUUGAAAACAGUUUCUCUUGAUGGAACUUUAUUUUUGAAAUCUGGAGUUAUCUCUGGAGGGUCAAGUGACUUGAAAUUUAAAGCUAGAUAUUGGGAUGAAAAAGAGAUGAAAGAAAUGAAAGAAAGAAGGGAUAGGUUGGUUAAUGAACUAAAGGAAUUAAUGAAGGUCAAACGUAAGGAGACUGACUUGAAACAGUUACAGGCACAGUGCCAGGGAACUCAGACUCGGCUCAAAUAUUCGCAGAGCGAAUUAGAGAAUAUUAAAAAGAAACACCUGGCUAAUUUCUACAAGGAAAAAUCUAAACUUGAAAGUGAGUUAGUAAAUAUUAAAUCACAAUAUGCUAUGCUGAACGAAGGACUUCUACAAAGAGCAGAGAAAAUUGAAGAGUUUCAAAAGAAAAUGAAUGAGGUUGAAGACGCUGUAUUCCAGGACUUCUGUGAAGAAAUUGGGGUAGAGAAUAUUCGUGUAUUUGAGCAAGAACGUGUGAAACAGCAGGAAGAAACUGACAGAAAAAGACUGGAGUUUGAAAACCAGAAGACACGACUGAGCAUUCAGCUUGAAUACAGUCGUGGUGAGCUACAAAAAUUGGUGAACAAGAUCCACAUGUUGAAGGAAAUGGUUCAUAAGGAUGAGUCUGAGAUUGUCAGGCUAAAGAAGACUGAAGAAGAAUUUCUGCUAAUGGUGAAUGAAAUAAUGGAGGAACAACAGCAUCUUAAGGAUAGAUUAAUAACUCUCAAAACUGAGGUUACAAAAGCCCAAAAUGAAGUUGAGGAAUCAAGGAAGAAAUUAUUAACCCUUAAUAGGGAAAUGGGUAAGUUACAAAAGGAAGCUAUAUCUAUUGAAACCUCUCUGGAACAAAAAAGAUUAGAGAGACAUAAUAUGCUUCUUGAAUGCAAGGUCCAAGAUUUGAGAAUUUCUCUCUUAUUGGGAUCUCUGGAUGAAAUCAGUGAAGUAGAGCUGGGAACCGAAGCAGAAAGCACUGAGGCUGCUGCAGAUAUUUAUGAAAGAGAGAGAGCAAUUCAGAUAGACUAUAGCAGUCUAACAGAUGAUCUAACAGACCUACAGUCUGAUAAAGAGAUUGAGGCUCAUCUGAAGCAACUGCAGCAGCAAAUAGUAUCCAAAGAAAAUGUUUUAUUCAAAACAGCUGCACCAAACCUAAGAGCACUGGAGAAAUUGCAGACUGCUAAGGACAAGUUCCAAGAAUCAGUAGAUGCUUUUGAGGCCAGCAGAAGGGAAGCCAGAAUAUGUAGGCAAGAAUUUGAACAGAUAAAAAAAAGAAGAUACGAGCGUUUCAGCCAGUGUUUUGAGCAUGUCUCGGUAGCUAUCGAUCAGAUCUACAAGAAACUCUGCAGAAACACUUGUGCUCAGGCAUUUCUCAGCCCUGAGAAUCCUGAGGAACCAUAUCUAGAAGGCAUUAGCUAUAACUGUGUGGCUCCUGGAAAACGCUUUAUGCCAAUGGACAACUUGUCAGGAGGUGAAAAAUCUGUGGCAGCACUGGCUCUUGUGUUUGCAAUACACAGUUUCCGUCCUGCCCCUUUCUUUGUUUUGGAUGAAGUGGAUGCUGCACUGGAUAACACAAACAUUGGCAAAGUAUCAAGCUUCAUCAAAGAGCAGGCAGAGGAACAGUGUCAGAUGAUAGUUAUUUCUCUAAAGGAGGAGUUUUAUUCCAGAGCAGAUGCAUUAAUUGGAGUCUGUCCAGAGCAAGAUGAUUACAUGUUUAGUCAGGUACUGACUCUGGAUCUCACUGUGUAUCCAGACAUUGAUGACAGUGAACGAAAAGAGAAGCACAGAUACAGUUCCCCACGAGAAUAAAACAUGAAAGUUUCAGGGCCAUCUGUGAAUAACAAAAUUGAUUUCUACAGCCACCUUUAUGACAAGUUGUAUAAGCUUUUUGAAUAUGGCUUUUAAAUAUUCUUAUACAGAAGUCAAAGAAUUUAGCUUCAUCACCCACAAAGCCAUUUCUUAGAAUUUGGAGAAGAAUAAAUGAUUGUAUUAAUUGACCUAGUUUUGUUUAGGGUUUUAUGGAGUACAUGUUCUUGUUGUGUUACAAAUUCAAAAUACGCUUUUGAAAGACAUUACUGAAAUUGCUAAAUUCUAGUGACUAAUGCCUAAUCUCGUUAAGUAUGUUCUUGUUGGUUAGCAUUAUUAGGUCCCAUUAAUAUAAAAACUGAUGAAUGAUGAGUAUCUUUUUGAAUAUGGAUGCUAUGUUAAAUUCAUAUGAUGGCUGUCAAAAACUGCAAACUUCAUCUGUUAAAGGUAACUUUUCAAUGUUAAGAUAUUGAGAAUUAAAAUGUUGGAAAAAAUAUUGAAAUGUAUAGCAUUUUUUUCUUAUCAGGAAGAUUCUCACUACAAGGUUUCAGAUGUGGUUAGGUUAAAUAUAAAGAUACAAGUUCUAGUAGCAUAUUUUUUUUAAAACUAUAUAUUAGAAGAGCUACUCUUAGAGAGGGAGACAUUAUUUUCUGUUUCCAACACUUGUAAAAGACCCUUACAUUUCUCCUGAAAUUGAAUCCAGAGCUUCCUGGUGCCAUGUUCUGUGAGGCCCAGAAACUGAUGAAAGCUAGCUCGCUCCAUAUUACGUGGCCAUGUUUGCUGUUCAUUGCCAAACCACAAAGAGGUAUACAGCUUCCCCCUCUCCCGCAAUCAAAACUGUUCCUUGGUGGGUUUUCUCCCCUGCCUUUUAGCAAACAGCCUGUCAGCACAGAUGGCAGACAAUGUAGAUUAUUCAUAACACUUUAUGGCCAGAUGUGAUACCCUUACUCAUGAUGUCCAAUAAACUACAGUAGCAUUAGUAGAGCCAGAUGCAUCAUUUAAUGACCGUCUAGGUUUAUGGCCUGUUUCCUCUGCUUGAGAAUCCAGACUCAUAGUCUUAUUCAAAAUAGGAUUUCAAAGCAAGUUACUUUUUGAUUAACUGAAUGCAUCACACUGAACAGUCACGUUCUAGGUAUAUCCCUUUCAACUAUAAGUUUUCCUGAGCUAGUUGCAAGUCAGUCCUCCUUGCAAGAUAACUGAAACAUGGAUAUUCUACUGCCAGUAGCUUCCUGCCAGUAGAAUGCAUGUUGAAGAAAUCCCACACACAACCCAUGAUGGGUCACACAGCAAUUCUGCUUUUAAUGUGCAUACACUGAAUUGUAAGAGAUCCCAUCACUACUGCGAUGUGCAUUUUUCACAGUGCAAUUGUAUGGCACUACAGGCAA